UUCACUAACGCAGCGUGACGCUGCAGACUCUUCACCUUUGACCCUCUCCUCAUUUCGAAGAGCGCUGGACCAAUCACAGCGCUCGUUGUUGAGAGGCGCUGAAGUUCUCGGAGGUCCUUACCCUCUCGUCAACAUGUCUUCAUCGGAGGCUAAUAAUGGCCCGAGCCAAGCGCCACCUUAUCCAGGUGUACCGCCCUCAGGGAUACCUCCCCCAUUUAUGGGACCACCAGGAAUACCGCCUCAUUUCCCUCCCAUCGGAAUGCCACCGAUGGGACAGCGACCGCCCAGCAUGACUCCUUUGCCUCCUGGUAUAAUCCCUCCUGGUAUAAUGCCACCUAUGGGAGCACCACCAAUGGGACAGAUGCCAGGCAUGAUGCCACCUAUGAUGCCAGGGAUGAUGAUGCCCCCUCGCAUGCCAGCUGCGGCCGUACAACCGACGGGACCGCCUGGUGUUGAGUCGACAGCUGCUGCACCUGGAACAGCUAGCACCACAAAUGGAUCUCCACAGGAAGAUCAGCCAAAAAAGAAGUCCCUGUGGACAGAACACAAAUCACUGGAUGGAAAGACCUAUUAUUACAAUACAGAGACUAAGCAAUCCACAUGGGAGAAACCGGAUGACCUCAAAUCUCCUGCAGAGCAAAUGCUGUCUAAAUGCCCUUGGAAGGAAUACAAGUCAGACACAGGGAAGCCUUAUUAUUACAACUCCCAGACAAAGGAGUCCAGAUGGACCAAACCAAAGGAGCUUGAGGAUCUGGAAGCUAUGAUCAAAGCAGAGGAGAAUGGAACGGUGGAGGCAGUGGCUCCCGGUACCACAGCAGCUCCUGCAGUGCAAGCAGAUAAUGCAGCCACUAUGGCAACCGUAAUGGAAGCGGAAACUGCAACAGUGGUCUCAGAGGAACACCUGUCUCAGGCGGCCGUGCAUCACGCAGCUGAGGUCAAGACUGCAGACGCACCUGUGACUUCCUCAGAGAGCUCAGCCGCCACCGAGGCCACAGUCAGUGUUGAAGUCACAAAGGAAGAACGCCCAGAACUUCAGAAGAAAACGUACAAAUGGAACACAAAAGAGGAGGCCAAGCAGGCUUUCAAAGAGCUGCUGAAGGAGAAGGGUGUGUCCUCAAAUUCCUCUUGGGAACAGGCCAUGAAAAUGAUUAUUAACGAUCCCCGCUACAGUGCACUUCCCAAACUGAGUGAGAAGAAACAGGCGUUCAAUGCCUACAAAGUCCAAACGGAGAAGGAAGAAAAAGAGGAGGCCAGAAUCAAAUACAAGGAAUCCAAAGAGACCUUUCAGAGGUUCUUGGAGAACCAUGAGAAGAUGACAUCUACCACCAGAUACAAGAAAGCAGAACAGAUGUUUGCUGAGCUCGAGGUGUGGAGCUGUGUACCAGAGAGAGACAGACUGGAGAUCUAUGAAGAUGUGUUGUUCUACCUUGCGAAGAAAGAGAAGGAGCAAGCCAAGCAGCUCAGAAAGAGGAACUGGGAAGCUCUGAAGAACAUUUUGGACAACAUGGCCAACGUCACAUACCGUACCACCUGGUCUGAGGCCCAGCAGUACCUGUUGGACAACCCUACCUUUGCAGAGGAUGAAGAGCUGCAGAAUAUGGACAAAGAGGACGCUCUCAUUUGUUUUGAGGAGCACAUCCGGGCACUGGAGAAAGAGGAGGAGGAAGAGAAACAGAAGACUCUUCUCAGGGAGAGGAGACGACAGCGCAAGAACAGAGAGGCCUUCCAGAAAUUUCUGGAUGAGCUCCAUGACCACGGUCAGCUUCACUCCAUGUCUGCCUGGAUGGAAAUGUACCCGACCCUGAGCUCAGACAUCCGCUUUGCCAACAUGCUCGGCCAGCCGGGUUCCACUCCUCUGGAUCUGUUCAAAUUCUACGUGGAGGACUUGAAGGCCCGCUACCAUGAUGAAAAGAGGAUCAUUAAAGAUAUUCUGAAGGACAAAGGCUUCCUGGUCGAAGUCAACACUAGCUUUGACGACUUUGGGUCAGUCAUCAGCUCAGACAAGAGAGCCACCACACUGGAUGCAGGAAACAUAAAACUGGCUUUCAACAGUUUGCUGGAGAAGGCAGAAGCCAGAGAGAGGGAGCGAGAGAAGGAGGAGGCCAGGAAGAUGAAACGAAAAGAAGCAGCCUUUAAAAACAUGCUGAAGCAAGCCACACCACCACUGGAGCCCGAGACUACAUGGGAGGGGAUCAGAGAGAGAUUCCUGAAAGAAUCUGCCUUUGAAGACGUGACUCUGGAGUCAGAGAGGAAAAGGAUAUUCAAAGACUUCAUGCAUGUCUUAGAGCACGAAUGCCAACAUCACCACUCGAAAACAAAGAAGCACUCAAAGAAGUCCAAGAAGCACCACAGGAAACGAUCCCGCUCUCGAUCGGGCUCAGAGUCCGAGGACGAAGAAUACCACAAGAAGAAAAAGAGGUCACAGUCCAAAUCUCCUUCUGAACGUUCGUCCAGUGGAGAAUCUGAGAGAAGCUAUAAAAAGUCCAAGAAGCACAAGAAGAAGGCCAAGAAGAGGCGUCACAAGUCUGCAUCGCCAGACACUGACAACGAGAAGAAAGGAAGAGAGCGCGAAGGAAAGCGUGAAAAGGACCUAGAGAAAGAUAAAGAGAACGACAAGUCUCGGGGGAAAUCUCGCUCGGACUCUAAACAGAAGUCUCCUAAAAGAAAAGCGGCGAAAGAGGAGGGCGGCUGGGAUACGUCAGGCAGCGAGCUGAGCGAAGGCGAGCUGGAGAAAAGAAGAAGAACUUUACUGGAACAGCUGGAUGCACCUUGAUGAUCGCACUUGCGCUGGCCUUUUAUUUGUGUUCGUACACUUCAAGAAACAUGCAUUCCCCUCCGAGCUCUGCUCUGCUCAUACCACCACGGGCGGACUGUGUGAGAUAACACCCUUUCUCUGGCAUUUACGGGAAUGUGCUACACUGAGCUUACACACUUAUUUGGAAACUAAUUUCAUAUCAGGAAACUGAUCAGCUGAUCAGCCGUUAAAGGUCUGGUUGUCUUUUUGUUGCUUUUGUUAGCUUUAAGUAUUUUUGUUUAUUAGUUGAUUGUAGUGUACAUGUUUUUCCAUUGCCAAUACGUUUUUUUAUAUUCAAUUAAAAGUUUAAUUUUACUGUCACGACAUGAUAACAUCUCUGGACACAUCUGGAUGAAAAAUGUUUUUGGUUUGAUCCAGCUUAAUCUGCAGCUGUUCUUGAGGAAUGAUCCAAAAAGAUUUUAAUUGGAGCAUUUGUUAAAAUUGACAUACUGUAGUGAAAUGUAAUAAAAUACUGUUUCAAUGGAUCACGUCUGUAAUUUGAUAAAUUACAGGCAAAUGUCCUCUUAUUAGUUCAUAUGCGACUUCUUACUCUAAAGAGACAGAAAUGCCUUGUACCAAACCCUCCAAAGGGUUUGCACGCUCUUCUACCACAUAGACAUAACUGACAGUGAGUUUCUCAUUAAAGGACCAGUGUGUAGGAUUAAGUGACGUCUAGCCUUGUAGUCGCCUUCGUAGCGGGAAGGAUAAACUAUGGUGUCCACAAAAAACACGAAAUGUAUCUAUUUGUACUGUAGAAACAUGGAAUGGGACCCACAGCGUCUAUUCUAAUUCUUAUUUUCUGGUGGUUAUACACUAAAACUUAAGUUAUGAAUAUUAUAUCUUACACACUGGAACUUUUAAUAGAUAAACCAGCAGA